AGAUACGUAACGUUCGAAACGUUACAAGUUUGAAACGUUACAAGUUCGAUUCGAUUCGCUUCGUUUUAAGCCCACGCUCCGUUGUUAGACGAAUUGUUUUUUGUGCGCUCAUUUGCUCGCGGUGUUCCACCAGAACGUGGCCAUCCGUUUGGGCACACACUCAUACGUAUACACACAUAUAUAUAUAAUUAGUUACUUAUUUACGCUUUGCGUGCGCUCGACCUGCGCACCCCCCCUCACGCCGCCAACAUGGACACGACGAAAAGCAAAAGCAGCAGCGCCCUAAGCAGCGAAAGCGGCACGGCGAAUUUGCCAAAGCACCGCGAAAUGGAACGGACUGCGGCGACAAAAAAUGGCGCAGACGGAGAACAGUCCGCCCUCUCACUGAAUAGGAGUAUUCCACCUUUCAGCAGAGAUCGCACCUACGCGAAUGGCCAAACAAAAGAAACAAAGCUGAUAGAUAGCGCAAACCACGACUUCGCAGGAAAGGCAAUAGACACCCAAACGUAUAUCCCUCAUAACAAAACUAAAGUGAUAGAAGUCCCCGAAUUGAGGUUCAUAGAUAAAAUUGAAUAUGACCCAUUCGUCAUCGAGAAGUUAAGGUACGUUCCAAAACAAGUUACCAAAUAUAAUAUCAUCGAAAAGCCAAUAAUAAAAAACAUCGUGACAGACAGAAAAGUGGACGUUCUCUAUGUUCAGGAGAAGAUAAGUUUUAAAGACCAGGAAAUUGUAGAGGAGGUUUAUAAUUACGUUGAUAAGGAUAACCAGAGGAUCUUAGCUGAUCAGGGAGGUCCAUCCCCUAGUAGGGCCGUUUUACCCCUAGGGGGGACGACUCGAGGGGAGUGUGACUCAUCGGCAUCAUGCCCCUACAUAAAUGGCGACAUCAUAAGAAAUAGCAUGCACCAUUGUAACAACCAUAAUGAUAGCAGGAGCAGCAUGGGAGGCGCCCCAGAUGGUGUGUUGCCCCCCCUACUGGAACCAUUCGGACCGCAAGUAAACGUAACAGAAAAUAAGAUAUUCGAAAAUGUGUUCGUACCAAAGGUGGAAAAAGUCGUCGAAGUGAAAAAGAAAAUUGACAUACCGAUUAACUUACCCAUUCCUUACAUAGUCCCUAAACCGAAAAUCGUAGAUGUAGACAUUCCCGUUUUUAAAUUUAAUGAUAAGUAUGUCCCCGUGCCAGUUCGGCAAAGGAUCAUACCGAAGGUUACAUGGACAGAUAGAGUUUACAAAGUGGACUGUGUGGUGGAGAAGCCAUAUCUGGUCUAUCACGACAUAGUAAAAAUUGUGCCAACUGAUACGCAAAUUUCCGUUAGAGAAUACCCAAAGGGAAUAACUAAAAUAAAUCCCGAAGAAUUAUACGAAGUAGAUAAUUUGGCAUUAUGGAUGAGGGUAAAUGCUGACUUGAAGGAGGAAAAAGACGCCUUGAAAAAAACCCAAGACAAUUGCUCUGAUCGUACAUGUGAAUGUUCCAUCGCGGAUUCGUUUGAGGAAUGCUCUUCCACUUCGGAGUUGAAUUCUUCCCAAGACGGGGCAACUACCAUCAAGUCGUCUAAUGAAAAUGUUCUGGACACCCUUCCCAUCCACCCGGGACACCCCCUCGAGAUGGUUCACUUGCAGAAUAAGUGGAUGCAGCAGGACACAACGAGGAUGAUGGAAUUGUACCAGGACGGCUUCUUCGACGCGCAUAGAAAUGCAGUGUUUAACUUGGCCACUCGAAUUCCGCGCGAGGCAGAGAUAGAGGUUAGGCAAAUUUCGCAGCUGCAGCGGCGCAUGGAGAAGCGGGAGUGCGGCACUGAUUAGGUAGUGCCCCUCUAAGAGGGUGUAAAUGUGCACACAAAUGCAAGUAGAAGGCUCGCCCAAUACUUCGACUGCACGGGAAUAUCUCCCUCCUUUUGAUAAAUUUGUCGGGGAAGUUCCCCCUCCCCCCAAAAACUACCCGUUCUCGCGCAUGUACACAUGCAGGUGCACUGAGUCCAUGUUGCGCAGCAUCCACUGAACGGCAUGACUUUUUGUUUUUCCCCCUCAAAUGGGCACUUGCGCGAAUAUAUUUUCUUUUCCGCCGCUUGUGAGGAAUAACGCCGAAGUUUUGCUCCCCUUUUUUGAGCAGAAAAAAAAGAGAACUCACUUAUUUGUUAUCCCUUUUUCCAUUCGUGCCUACAUGUGUGCAAAACUAACCGUCUAGUCAAUCCGGAGCUGCGAAAAUGUGGCCACGUUGAGC